AUGAUGCUGGAAGCAUGGACAUUCAAGUUUCCAGUACCGCAAAGAUACCGCAAUAUCAUCGCUUUCAUCGUCAACUAUUUAGAAAAGGAAGACUGUCACGCCCGGUUUGAGAAACGGCCCAUACUCAAUCAUGUCAAUGGAAAUGACCAAUACCGCCCCUUCCUCGGGGUACCGCUCCUCCCCGAGUCGAUCAAUGCCGGCUCUGUCAAAAUCCCUCUCCAUCGCUUGAGAGAGCUGUUUCCCGAUAUCCAGCGCUUCACUGCUAUGGCCAUCAUCCUUGCCUACCAUCCGGAUAGCCCAACCGAGCUUAGAGUCUUGUUGAUCAAACGAAACGGCAAAAAUAGCUCAUGGGGCAACAUCUGGGAGCCGGCGGGAGGUGGUCCGGGCGACGAGGACCGGACCAUACUGGAUUCGGCGGCCCGGGAAAGCGAAGAGGAGACAAAUAUCUGGCCGUCGAGAUUCGCCGGGAUGGCUCUCACAUGUGCUUUCUACCACACGGACAGAAAGACUGGCAACCUGGUUGUCAUGCGAACGCUCGGAUUCAUCAUCAACCACAACGAAGAGAUAAUGGCGCAGAGAAUCUGGUCCCACGAGAUGCAGCAGUCAAUUGGUCAAAGUUCCGUCCAGAUCAGUGAGGAGCAUCUCGAUCAUUGUUGGUUCACUGAGGAGGAAGUCCGGAGUGCUGCUUUGUCUGAAGAGGCUGUUCCGCAGCAAGGACCAUUUACUAUGCUUCGGGCCAAAAGGGACAUGGUUUUGCUUGCGUUUGAAUUAUUCAGGCGAAACAAACGCCAGGAGUGGCCCCCGUCGAUUAAGACCGUUCUAUCGUGA